GAAAGGAAACAAGGGAUUUGGCUUAUGAUAUAUUUCUAUUCUAUAACAUGACCAUAGCUCAAUAAACACUGCAUAAUAAAUAUAACCCACCUUAAUUACUAUAUCUAUAACCGGACAAUUAUUGACUACAAACAACAGCCUCGCUGACCUCUGUGCUGCAGCCUCCAGGAAAACACUCUGAUGCACGCUUCUCUCGUACUUUUUGAAGGAAGUCUGUCGCUGUCGAUUUUCUCAGCAGUGCUAUGGCAUAAACAGGUGACACAGAUGUAGGGCAUCAUGAGCAUCGCAGUCAGCAGUGUUGCAGCCAUGUCCUUCACGCAGACUCACACACUUGAGUGUUGUGCCCCCUUGCUGCUCCUGGCACUUUGUGUUUGUCACCUGAGAAAUGUCCACGCCCACCACCGUCCCAGCAACAUUCCCGAGGGGACAACAACCAUCGGAUGGAUUUGGACUGAGCGCUAUUCCAUCAGCAGCAUCGUGUGCGUCUCCCCGUCCGUCAGACCCACAGUCGUCUCCUCUCUGCCGGAUCAUGUGGAUUACUUUGGCGUUUAUUCUGGCAGCGGUCGGUCCUGGUGGGAGCUGGGGAUGUCAGCUGCCCCACGACUGGAGACCGCAGACAGAAGCGUGCCGUGCCGAGCUGGCGCAGAUUAUAGUCUUUGCCAAGGUGCUGGCACUGCACAAGGAGUCUUACAGUGUGUACAACUACCUGCCGUGGCAGUACGACACCGACCUGUUCUUCUCCGCCGAGAUUGAGCUGCUGUGCGACCAGGCGUGGGGCAGCAUGCUGGAGGUCCCCGCCGGCUCCAGGUUUAAUGUCACCGGCCUGGGAUACUUCCCGUGCUUCUCCUACAGUGUCACCAAAAACAACAACUACUACUUCUUUCUAAGGAUGGAUGAGAACUACAAUAUUGUCCCUCAUGGAGUGAACUUCCAGGACCCCAUCUUCCCCGACACUGCCGAGGUCCACCGCAUGUUUGCCAGCCUUUUCCAGUUUUCCAACUGCACGUCUGGUACUCAGGUCCACCGCUACACCCCGGAGUGGGAGGCUCAGGAGGAUAGCCGGUUGUUGUGCUCCUCAGUGCAGAAGGCUCUGUUUGAGGAGGAGGAGAGGGUCAGGACUCUCUCCCAGCAGGUGCGCUCCUUGGAGAAGGCCAACGACCACCUGAGGGAAAAGGUGAAGACCAUGAAACGUCAGCUACGCCAGGCCCAACGAGAAACGACGAAGGAGCAACAGACCCUCAGCCUCAAACAGCUCUACGAGCCAAAGACGCCCCAAGCUCACCCGGAUCAGGACACGACCCAGGACCGGAAGAACCCGCCACUUAAAAAGGUCCUCUCCAAGAGACUAAAAAAAUAGAUUUUUGUUUUUUAGUUCUGUGUAAACCAAAUGUUGCUGCCUGUGAUGUAUGUCAACGACGGAGCAAGCUGAAAGGAUUGUGUGUGAAAGCUCGGGGAAGAGACGGUAACAAGCAGCAGUGGUAAUUUAGAAAGUGAUGGACUUUAAUUGUAAUGUCAUUACAUUCUCCUUCAGUCUUCAGCCUAACUCAUAUGCUUAUUUCUAAAGGAACAUUACAAAGUUCAAGAAACUCCACAACCAAAUUUGGCCAUUCUGUUGGUCCAACAAUUUCACCAUUUUAGUUAAUGGUAAAAUUGACCUGUGCUAUUCAGACUACAAAAAAGACCAUUCAUGCCUAUUUACAUCCUUAUCCUUAUACUGUGUGUGUGUGUGUGUGUGUGUGUGUGUGUGUGUGUGUGUAUGUGUGUGUGUGUGUGUGUGUGUGUGUCGGGAGAGGAGGGCUUUCACUUGACCUAUUUUGUGUCCCCAGAUGAACUAAAGUGAAGGAUUAACUGCCUCUGAGAUAAAGGAUUUAAACGGUUUCACAGGCGUGAGAGAUCUUCAUCUAAAGCUCCUGAACUCUUAUUUCGCUCCAUUAGUCCGAUAUGAUCCCUCUCUCUGAACAACUGUUGCUGUUACCUGCGUUAACCCCCAACUUUUACCUUUGUCUUUUGUUAGUUUGAUUCAGUGGCAGCACAAGUAUCCUCCAGACUUUGGACAGAGCUCCCAGCUGGCAGACACAGCAUUGAACAACAUGUGGACAAUGUUAAAACAUUGAAAAUGUAAUAUCUUGCUUUUUUUCUGUGCGGGACACAUUAUGCAUUGAGUUAAUAUUAGUUAGGUUGCAUACUUCAGAAACACUAUCACCAAAACGCUCUAAAUCAACCUCUGUCCAGUUAUUAAUUGCAGCAAAUGUAAUAAAGUAUGGAAUGUACAAGCUGUGAGCGUUAAACAUCUUGUGUGUGGAGAGACUUCACGCUCUGACUGUGUUUAUUAGUGUAUAGUUAGAGCAGAGCAGCUAAAGUUUAAAACAUUCAAGACCUGACGUUACAUAGCAUCAUCCUCUUCUACCUUUGCCUGCUUUUCAUUUACAUGUUUGAUCUAUUUAUACCCAAGAAACUAUCCCAAAGUGUGGUGAUUCUUUAAAUUCAGUGAAUUGUUUCCCAGGAGUGCGUUUUAAUGCAAACUGGACUGAAUGAAAGUGUAAUUUUUAUCUUUGAAAAAGGGUGCUGAGCACUCGUAAGUCCAGCCGACGAGCCUUGCCUGGUAAACGAUUGGCUUUUUCUGUGUCAGAAAUCAAAGUUCGCUUUUUAUUAUACUUUUUGUAUUUGCUUUUCUGGAUGUUUUUGCUUUCUCUAAACUAUAAACAUCUGGUUUGCUUUGCCAACAGCAUAAUCAUUUGUGUUACAAUUAUUGUGGGGUUUUUUUAUAUAUAAAUAAAUGAACUUUU